CGGAGCCGCUAUAAGAAGGCGGCGAGGGCGUUUCCGGGCCUCUCUUUGGCGCUGACGGCAUCUUUGCUUUAGGCGCGGAUCGCCAGGCCGAGCCAACAUGCCGGUGGCCCGGAGCUGGGUUUGUCGUAAGACGUACGUGACCCCGCGGAGACCCUUCGAGAAGUCCCGCCUCGACCAGGAGCUGAAGCUGAUCGGCGAGUAUGGGCUGCGCAACAAGCGCGAGGUUUGGAGGGUCAAGUUCACCCUGGCCAAGAUCCGCAAGGCUGCGCGGGAGUUGCUGACGCUGGACGAGAAGGACCCGCGGCGGCUGUUUGAGGGCAAUGCCCUGCUGCGGCGGCUGGUGCGCAUCGGCGUGCUGGACGAGGGCAAGAUGAAGCUGGACUACAUCCUGGGCCUGAAGAUCGAGGACUUCCUGGAGCGGCGGCUGCAGACUCAGGUCUUCAAGCUGGGCCUGGCCAAGUCCAUCCACCACGCCCGCGUGCUCAUCCGCCAGCGCCACAUCAGGGUCCGCAAGCAGGUGGUGAACAUCCCGUCCUUCAUCGUGCGCCUCGACUCGCAGAAGCACAUCGACUUCUCGCUGCGCUCCCCGUACGGCGGCGGCCGCCCGGGCCGCGUGAAGAGGAAGAACGCCAAGAAGGGCCAGGGCGGGGCGGGGGCUGGCGACGACGAGGAGGAGGAUUGAGCCUCCUGGCCCCUGUUCCACACUGAUAAUAAAGCAGGUUCCACAGUGGA